AUGGAAUCAGAACUCAUCUUUUGUAAAUCCAAAGUUUUCAUACAUCCUAGCAAGAGUGCUGCUGAUAAUGUACCCGGUUUCCUUAUUAUCUGUAAGGAAGCUGGACAAUCUAAACAAGAUUCUACAUUAGCAUGGGUACCUGAAAGAGUACUGAGAUCAGAUCAGUUACAGUGGUUUAACGAUGCUGAACUGGAUUUGGACAAAGUUAAAAGAAAGGCGCCCACUAUACUGUCGUCUACAAGAGCAUCAUGGCAAUUUUCCGUCAAAUUGAACAGUUUGUAUUCUAUUGAAUUCAGAUUGCCAAAUCCAAAUGGUUGGUGGUACGGUUCAGUGCUAUUACAUUCCCGGAGUUUCUAUGAAGAUGACACCUUGCCGGCUUUGUUUUUCCACGACGACAUAUGUCCAUCUACAGAACUUAGAAGGAAAGAAUUGAAUAAAUCUUUUGAUCCAUUUGCAAGUUCAGGUGAUGUCUACUGGGGUGGUGUUGAUUUUAGAAAUACAGUUCGUGAAUUGGUCGAUUUACAGCGAACUGUAGUAGAUUCCACGGUUUGGUUGAUCAACGCAAGUUUAGAUGAUUUAAGAAACUUUUCACCUCAGAAAUUAACUAAGGAUCAAGAUUCCUCGAAAAAUAAUUAUAGUGAUGAUCUCAAUGGUGCAGUUUGGAAUACUUGGGAAUCUGCCAAAUGGGGGGUUAUGUCACGGAUAGCGGAUGCAACCUCUAAGACAGGUUCUUACAUGGGGCAAUUGAUUAGACGACAUCCAUUGGUUAAAAUUGCAGAGAGAAAUAGUGAUAGCCCAUAUGUGAAGAAACUGUUGGCGAACCCUCGUGUCCAAGAAGUGCAAGAUGAUUUUGAUUCAGCAAGAGUUUACUUAGCUAAAUGGGCACUAGGAGUUAAACAAGAGGCGGAAAAUUAUCAGAGGAAUCACAGGGAAACAGAAGUCUAUAGAAGAUUACUCACUAAUGAAUUGGGGAUCGAUGGUGAAAAUGACGUUAAAUUUACCGAUGAAGAACUGAAUAGAGCGCUAGAGAGGAAUUAUCCACUGACGAGACAAAAAUGGGAUUCCUUUUUCGACGCUCAAGGUAGAUUAAUGCUUACCGUUCAAGAAAUUAAAGAUCAUAUUUUCCAUGGGGGUAUUAAGGAUAUGGAAUUAAGAAAAGAAGUUUGGAUGUUUUUAUUUGGUGUUUAUUUUUGGGAUUCAUCUGCAGAUGAAAGGCUUCAAUUGGAUCAAACAUUGAGAGAAGUUUACGAAAUGGGUUAUAAAGAGAAAUGGGUUAAUAGGGAGCCUCAUGAAGAUCAAAAGGAGGAAGAAUAUUGGCACGACCAAAUCUUCAGGAUUGAUAAAGACGUUAAGAGAAACGAUCGUCACAUGGAUAUUUACGAGUACAAUACUGCCGAUGGUAAGAAACCAGAUUCAACUACCUUGCAAUCUGGUAAUUUGGAAAAUAUUGACGAGGGAUCCAACAAUUGGGUGUUGAAGAAUCCCCAUUUAAUUGCAUUGAAAAAUAUUUUAGUGAGCUACAACUAUUAUAAUUCCGAUUUAGGGUACGUACAGGGCAUGUGCGAUUUGUUAUCACCAAUUUAUUAUGUGGUUAGAGACGAAGCGCUGGCAUUUUGGUGUUUCGUUAAUUUUAUGGAAAGAAUGGAACGUAAUUUCUUGAGGGAUCAAUCUGGAAUUCGUGAUCAAAUGUAUACCCUGUCAGAAUUAUGUCAGUUAAUGUUACCCAAAUUGAGUGAGCACCUUAACAAGUGUGACUCGUCUAAUCUAUUCUUUUGCUUCAGAAUGUUAUUAGUUUGGUUUAAAAGAGAAUUUGAAUUUCACGACGUCUGUUCCGUUUGGGAAUGUUUCUUGACCGAUUUUUAUUCAUCACAGUUUCAAUUGUUCUUUAUGUUGGCCAUACUUCAAAAGAAUGCUGAUCCUAUUAUUCAAAAUUUGGACCAGUUUGAUCAAGUUCUCAAAUAUUUCAAUGAUAUGCAUGGUACCAUGGAUUGGGACGAUUUGAUGACUAGAGCAGAAUUGUUAUUUGUCAGAUUUGCCAAAUUAAUGAAUAUCACUUCAAGGAAGGAAGUAUUACCAUCUUUAAGAUCAGACCAAGGUACCUCUUCAUCUUCUGGUAUCCAAUUACACGAAUUGUCCAGUGGUGAGAACACUAGUGGUGAUUAUGACGAAGAUUUGCCUACGGGGAGUAAAUAUUUAAGAUUGCUUCUCUCCAAACAAGUCGUAAAGCAAAAGGAAGCGCCCAGGCAGGCAGAUUCUGUUAAAUGA